UUCAGGUGCAGAAGAAAUAUUAUGGCUUGAACACCAAAGUAGACGACCGAUCGGACAGCAAAUGGGGAGAUAUUGAACAAUGGAUGGAGGACAGUGAGAGAUGCUCACGUUCUUCACGGAUACACACGCUGUCUGACGACGAUGAGCAGAUGUCAGUGGGGAGCCGUAGCAGUGCCAAGUCGGAUCUUGAUUCAGUUGGGGCUUAUGGUGGAGGGGACUCCUCCUCACUAACGAAGUCAAAGAGAAAGAAGAAACAUAAGCACAGAGACAGGAACGGGCCUGAUGAUGAUCACAGUGUCCUGUCCAGCAGGAGCUCCAGACUGAGUGAUGAGAGCAGAGUUUCCCGCUCCUCCAGGCUGGACCUCACGAGCUCCAGACUGAGUGAUGACCCCCGGGGGUCUCGGGGCUCCAGAUUAGACCUGCAGCCGACUUCUUACUCUUCCUCUGACCUGUACAGCUACAAUGGUCUGUCCUCUGCCAGAAACCCCGGCUCCACUUACAAUGGUUACCAGCCUGUAGAGUACAGUAGUUGUCGCAGCUCCGGCUCCAGGGUCUCCUCCAGGGCCGGGUCAGCCCGCACCAGCCCAGUGGACCACUGCGGCUCUGUGGCCAGUUAUCUGAGGAGUGCAGCGGGCGGCAGCAGCCUCCCCCGAGACCUGGAUGAUGUCACUAUUCCUGACCUUUCUGAUGUGUGUGGCUUUGCCCCCGCAGGAGGCCGCCGCCGUGAUGUGGAGGACAGAGAUUAUCUUGAGAAGGGAUCUCGAGCAGCUUCUGCCCUGACAGCAGCCACCCUCACCUCGUUAGGCGGGACUUCCUCUCGCAGAGGAAGUGGUGAGACGGCUAUAACCGUAGAUACAGAGACGUCUAUACGGGAAAUUAAGGAUGCAUUAGUGGGAGUGGAGGAGAAGUACCGUAAGGCCAUGGUGUCCAACGCUCAGCUGGACAAUGAGAAGAACAACCUGAUGUACCAGGUGGACACGCUGAAGGACUCGCUCAUGGAGCUGGAGGAGCUGCUGUCUGAGUCCCGCCGCGGCUUCGAGGACAAAGUCAAGGAAUGUGAGCGAGAGAAACAUGCCCACACUGUGCUCCAGUUCCAGUUCAAUGAAAUGAAAGAGACGCUAAAACAAAGUGAAGAGCUACUCAAUGACAUCCGUCAGCUGCAUAUCAAACAGGAAGGUUUGAAUAGAGAAAUAUGUGACCUGCAGGAGACAGUGGAGUGGAAGGAUAAAAAGAUUGGGGCCUUAGAGCGACAGAAAGAAUACACAGAUGCAAUCCGGAUGGAGCGAGAUGAGCUCAGAGAGGAGGUGGUGAACCUGAAAGACAUUCUGAAGAAACAUGGUAUAGUAUUGGGACCUGAUCUAAGCAUCAAUGGAGAAGUUGUUGAGACAGAAGCUGACGGGACCCCCGGUGCAGACCCUGCUUCCCCCCUGGCUCAGGAUUGUCAGACCCCCCCAACAGAGGGGAACAGCAUGCUCGGCAACACAGAGGAGACACUGUUGAGAAGUAGCGAGGAGGAAGAGGUGGAUCCAGAGCAGCAACAAGAACAUUUUGAGGAAGCCAAAGAGAAUCUCUUUAGCUCUGAAGCACUCUGUAAUGUUUCUGGUGUGAGCACUAUGGAAGCAUCUGGGGAGGAACAGCCAACACAAGGACAACAGAAUGCCACAGAAGAAGAUGGUGUUGAAGAACCUGGCCUUAGGAAGGACUUGAAUGUUGACAUUAAUGACCAGUCGGUCACAGAGUCCAAAGAUAUAAUCAUUUGUAGCCCUGAACUUCAGGGCAUUGUCACAAGUUCUGAGGAAAGUGUCACAGAAACAGUAAUGUCUGAGGGCAAAGAGUUAGGAUGGACCAAUAACCUAGAUUCAGGGGAGACAGGAAGCCAAAUCAAUAGUGUAGACACACACAGUGAUGACAUUAGAGAGUCAUCCAACAACCUUUUGAAAGAGCAAGAAAACAAACAGGAAGAUUUUGAGGAACGUCAUCUGAGAAAUACAGAAUCAUGUCCUGAGCAAGAGGUUGCACAAGAUGUUGGGACAGAGAAGUCCAUACCAGCUGAGUCAAAGACAGAAGCUCAACCAGAGCCGGAGAACUCUGAAGAGGCAGAGCACAUAGAAACUGAGGAGAUAUCAGGUAACUCUCAGCCUCAGGGCGCUGCUGCUCCAGGGAAAAAGAAGAAAAGGAAGAGGAAAGGUAAAAAGAAAGGGGGGACACAAGAAGAUGGGAACCAACAAAGGGAUGGAGCAAAUAAAGAAAAGGACAAAACAGAGGUGAAAAUUGAAUUGACUACAAAAGAUAAUGAGCUAACGACAGAACCUGAAAUUCUUAGUUCUUUCGCUGAAGCCCUCGAAGAAUCAGGGAUGCAUCAAGUAAAGAAUGUGCAGGACAGGCAAAAAGUAGAAGAAGUGGAACCUGUUGAAACCCUUUCUCCCAAUGACACUCAAAGAGAUUCAAGAAGGGAUCAUGUUACAGAUGAGUGUGACAAGGAACACACUUUAGAAAUGGAAAAGGUAGAAGAAGCAACUACUGAAACCUUUUCUCACGUCACAACCCCUGCAGAAGUGAGGCUGGAUCAUGUUAAAGAUGAACAGUGCUUGGAAACCGUAAAAGCAGCAGAGGCAGUGGCACCCGCUGAAACCUUUUCUCACGUUGAAACUCUCAAGCAAUCCAGAACAGAUCCCAUCUCCAAGGACGAGCAGGAACAACCUUUAGAAACACGGAGAGUAGAAGAAAUGGGAUCUGUCCCAGAGACCAACCUUGGUACUGAGAGCCCCGAUGAUCUUAACAAAGAGUGCACUUCCUGCGUAGAUGCCUCUAAAAGUGACAUCUCAACUAAUGACAGUCUCAUCCAGGCUGAGUCAGAAAUUGUUAAUAGUGCGGAAAAUAGGGUUAGGCCUAUUGACGAGAUGAAAUCAGAAUGCACACCUAAUAUCCCAGAAAACACGUUUGAAAGCAUCGUCAAGGAAAACGCCGAAGCUGGAUCGCACAAUCCAAUCAAUGGUGACAUGGCUGCUGAGGAAUCUAAACCCACAAGCAAAGCUGAGAGUAAUGAUAAAACAUCUGUGUCCCCACCUUCUACCAAUGGCUUUACUGACUCUCUCAGGAGCUCGUCUGGCUUCGAGCUGUCUGCAGGCGAGAACUCGGCCAGCGAGGACAAGGUCUCUGAUGGAGGUCCAGAAGACGUAACUGAGACAAUCAAAGAUGAUGAGGACCCAGGAAUACAGACUGAAGAAGACAAACCACAAGCAUCUCCCAGUGUCCUGUUUCCCAGUAAUGAUGAAGCAGAGCUAACGGCAGACACAACAGAGAAGGAGCUGAACAGAGGCUUGAGCGAAUCUGAAGGUUUAGUCCAAACAGACCCAUUACAUGACCAAAAUAAAGAAAGUCUAAGCAGUCCAUCAUUUGUAACAAACAUGGAUGCAAUCGACACUGUUCAGAGUCUGUUGGAGACUGUAGUGCAAGCAGAACAGCUGGAUGAUGUAGAAAGCCAGACAGCACAGUGUGAGGUUCAUGUUGACAAAUCCAAUGCUAACCUGACCCCUAAAUCAGAGAUCAAUACCACUGAGACAGUAAAUACACCAGAUGUUCCAAAAGAAGCUCCUGAAAAUGGGUCGAUUAUGGAGCAGGAUCACAGAUCUGAAGAAUUCACCAUGGCAGAAGAUCCAGAACAUAAUAACAAUCCAAAUGAUCAGCAAAGCAAGAUACAGCAACUGCAUGAACCCAUGGAAGACAUUCCAUCUCAGCUAACACUGCAGGUAUGCAAUGAGAAAGAGGACGAUGAAAAGGAUGAAGGUCAUUGUUUUGAUUUUGAUGACAUGGAUUUGGAGCCGGCUGAAGGUGAAAGUCUCCCUAGGAAUCACCAACCGGAAGAAGAAGUGGAGGAGGGAGUCGAAGUUGUUCCAGAUGAAAGCAGCAGCUCAGGCGUCCAGACUCCGCCACAAAACUGUUCAGCUCAGGAGGAUGGCGCUUUGGAAAAGGGGGAAUAUUUGUGGGAAAAGGAGGAAGUAAGUGUAGCAAACGAGCCCAGGGGCAUUGCAGAGGAAGCAAAGGUUCAGAGUGUUGGAGAGGCGGGGGGUGUUGCAGAGGACGUUCACCAGGCGAUGUCCCUGCCUGUAGAGGAAGGGUUAGAAGCCAUUAAGCAGGUCCAGGGGGAACAUGUUGAUUUACCAAAGGGUUCAGAACAAGUGGGCAGCAAUACAGAGCCCCAGCAGGCAGGGAAGGAUGUGAGGAAGAACAGCAAGAAAAGCAAAGGCAAGGUCAAAGAGGAGUGCAAGAUGUCUUAUAAAACCGCUGAGCAGAAGAAGUACGCAGUGACGUCUAGCGGCGUCAUUUGCCUGAUGAGUGUGUCUCCUCUGCAGGUGAAGAAGCUGAAGGCCCAGCUGGAGCAGAAGACCCCGAGGAAUGGCACCGAGAACACUCUGAGCCCGGACGGAGAAAUACUUGAAAACGGCAACGACCCAAACAUAAUGGAGCUGCAGCGAGAUUCAAACAGGCAAAUAAGCGACUUCAAGUUCAAACUGGUGAAGGCAGAGCAGGAAGUCACCGCUUUAGAACAGAAUGUGACCAGGCUGGAGGGUCAGGUGACGCGCUACAAGUCAGCAUCAGAGAACGCAGAGAAGGUGGAGGAUGAGCUGAAGGCAGAGAAGAGGAAACUCCAGAGAGAGCUGCGCUCAGCACUGGACAAGGUGGAUGAAGUGGAGUCCAACAACAGCCACCUGUCUAAACGCCUGGAGAAGAUGAAGUCUACUCGUGGCAUGGCACAGACUCCAUAGAGCACAUCCACCUCCUCCAUGUUAGAGAAGAGUCACCCUGCAUCCUGUCAUCUGCCUGGUAGCAACCUUUAAGAAAAAGAACCAAAACAAAUCUUAGUUAUCUUACUCCCAGAAUAGAAACACCAACCAGCUAUGUGCCAUUUCUUUGUCUGUCUUGUGUGUGAUGAGAACUCUUUGUAGUGUUGCACACACUCACACAGAGCAUGAGGACUUGGACAGACCCUCUAUGAUGUCCAGUGGAGUGAGAGACUAAAGCUGCUCUCUCUCUCUCUCUCUCUCUCUGUGUCCAGGAUCUGCCUGCGGAGAGACACGAGUGCUUUGCGUGUGUCGUGAAUGAAAGGGCAACUUUAAGUGUAUUUUUCCUCAUUUGCAUCCAAAGCCAAACUAUUUUUAAAGAUGUAAAUGUUUAGGUCUGUUCGUCAAUUGUGAUAACAUGGAUGAAACGGUUUGAAAAGAAAAUGUUUAUAACCCCCACGCUCAGAAAUAUGUUUCAGUUGUAGUUCUUUGUGUAGGCACACUGCUGGUGUGUGUGAGACCCAGCCCCCCCUCCUCUCUGCUUCACAGCCGCUCAAUGCUUGGCCUCCGUCACACACUUUUGAGACUAUGUGAGGAAGUGUGACCCGGGGGCUGAAGGUGAGGUUACCUUGAGGCCCUGAACACAUCGGGGAGACAGACACUGCUUCACUGUUUACAAAGCUUUCAAAUGUUAGUAAGGAAACAUAAAGAACUGUAAUCUUUGUGCAAUAAAGGUUCAAACCAUAUUGGUAUCAGCACAUGUGCAUUUAA